CGGGCGGCGGGCGGCGGGCUGCCUUCGUCGGGCCCGGAGCUCGCCUGGAGCGAGCAGCCGCCCGCGGAACGUCCUCGCCCGCUCCCGCCGGCGAGCAAGAUGAUGUGCGAGGUGAUGCCGACCAUCAGUGAAGCCGAAGGCCCCCCGGGAGGAAGCGGGAGCCAAGGGUCCAGCUCCCCUUCGCAGCCGGAUGCGGACUCACAUUUUGAACAGUUGAUGGUGUCCAUGCUGGAAGAGAGGGACCGUCUUCUCGACACGCUGAGAGAGACCCAAGAAACGCUGGCAUUAACCCAGGGGAAACUGCACGAGGUCGGUCACGAAAGAGAUUCCUUGCAGAGGCAGCUCAAUACUGCGCUUCCACAGGAGUUUGCAGCACUUACUAAAGAACUGAAUGUGUGCAGGGAGCAGCUUCUUGAAAGAGAAGAAGAAAUCGCUGAGCUGAAAGCGGAAAGGAACAACACCAGGCUGCUGCUGGAGCACCUGGAGUGCCUGGUCUCACGGCACGAGCGGUCCCUGCGGAUGACGGUGGUCAAGCGGCAGGCGCAGUCCCCAGCCGGCGUGUCCAGCGAGGUGGAGGUGCUCAAGGCGCUGAAGUCGCUGUUCGAGCACCACAAGGCCCUGGACGAGAAGGUGAGAGAGCGGUUGCGAGUAGCGCUCGAGAGGUGUAGCUUGUUAGAAGAAGAGCUGGGCGCCACACACAAAGAGCUGAUGAUUCUUAAAGAGCAGAAUAACCAGAAAAAGGUACUAACAGACGGGGUGCUUGAUGUAAAUCACGAGCAGGAAAGCACGCCGAGCGCCAAUGGAAAGAGAUCCUCCGACGGCUCUCUGAGCCACGAGGAAGACCUGGCCAAAGUGAUGGAGCUCCAGGAAGUCAUCGACAAGCAGUCGCGGGAGCAGAGCCAGAUGAAGGAGCGCCUGGCAGCCCUCUCUGCCCACGUGACGGAGCUGGAGGAGGACCUGGACACGGCCCGGAAGGACCUCAUCAAGUCCGAGGAAGUGAACACGAAACUGCAGCGGGACGUCCGCGAAGCCAUGGCCCAGAAGGAGGACAUGGAAGAGAGAAUCACUACCCUUGAGAAACGCUACCUCGCCGCACAGCGCGAAGCCACCUCUGUGCAUGACCUCAAUGAUAAACUUGAAAAUGAAAUCGCAAAUAAGGAUUCUAUGCAUCGACAGACAGAGGAUAGAAACCGGCAGUUGCAGGAGCGCCUGGAGCUGGCGGAGCAGAAGCUGCAGCAGACGCUGCGGAGGGCGGAGACGCUGCCCGAGGUGGAGGCUGAGCUGGCGCAGAGGGUGGCUGCGCUCUCCAAGGCGGAAGAGAGACACGGAAACAUCGAGGAGAGGCUGCGGCAGAUGGAGGCCCAGCUGGAGGAGAAGAACCAGGAGCUGCAGCGGGCAAGGCAGAGAGAAAAAAUGAAUGAAGAACACAAUAAACGCUUAUCAGAUACCGUGGAUAAGCUUCUGUCUGAAUCAAACGAGAGGCUUCAGCUUCAUCUGAAGGAGAGAAUGGCUGCUCUGGAGGAUAAGAAUUCUCUUCUACGGGAAGUUGAAAAUGCGAAAAAGCAAUUAGAAGAAAUGCAAAACGACAAGGACCAGCUGAUUCUCAACCUGGAAACCCUGAGAGCUGAGCUGGAGCAGACGAGGCUGCGAGGGGCUCCCCUCCACCACGGCCGACCGCACCUGGGCAGCGUCCCAGACUUCAGGUUCCCUGUGGCCGACGGGCCGGCAGACUCCUUCAGCGGCGCGGCGGUGCUGCGGCGCCCCCAGAAAGGCCGGCUGGCAGCGCUGCGCGACGAGCCGUCCAAGGUGCAGACGCUGAACGAGCAGGACUGGGAGCGCGCGCAGCAGGCCAGCGUGCUGGCCAAUGUGGCCCAGGCGUUCGAGAGUGACGUGGACGUGUCUGACGGCGAGGGCGACAGGGACGCCCUCUUCAGUUCAGCCUCUCUGCUGUCGCCCAGCGGGCAGGCCGAUGCCCAGACUCUGGCCAUGAUGCUUCAGGAGCAGCUGGACGCCAUCAACAAAGAGAUCCGGUUGAUCCAAGAGGAGAAGGAGAACACGGAGCAGCGGGCAGAGGAGAUUGAGAGCAGGGUGGGCAGCGGGAGCUUAGACAACCUUGGUCGUUUUAGAUCAAUGAGUUCCAUCCCCCCGUAUCCCGCCUCCUCGCUGGCCGGCUCCUCCCCGCCCAGCAGCGGGCGCUCCACGCCCCGAAGGAUGCCGCACAGCCCAGCGCGGGAAGUCGACCGGCUGGGCAUCAUGACGCUGCCUAGUGAUUUAAGGAAGCAUCGCCGAAAGCUGCCAGCUUCCCGGGAGGAGGUACGAGAUGACAAGACCACCAUCAAAUGUGAAACCUCGCCCCCCGCCUCGCCACGGUCCCUUCGGCUGGACCGGCUGCACCCGGGGGCGCUGCACGCAGCCAGCCACGAGGACAUCAGGGACGCCCGCAACUCGACAGGCUCUCAGGACGGCCCCGUGAGCAACCCAAGCAGCAGCAACAGCAGCCAGGACUCGCUGCACAAAGCCCCGAAGAAGAAGGGCAUCAAGUCCUCCAUCGGCCGCUUGUUUGGCAAGAAGGAGAAGGGCCGGCCCGGACACCCCGGCAAGGAGGCUUUGGGGCCCGCUGGUAUUUCAGAGACAGAAAACUCAUCUCAGGAUGCCCUUGGACUCAGCAAAUUGGGAGGACAAGCUGAAAAAAAUCGGAAGCUUCAGAAAAAGCACGAGUUGCUCGAGGAAGCGCGGAGACAAGGCUUGCCUUUCGCACAGUGGGACGGGCCCACUGUUGUGGUCUGGCUGGAGCUCUGGGUCGGGAUGCCGGCCUGGUACGUGGCUGCUUGCCGAGCCAAUGUGAAGAGCGGCGCCAUCAUGUCUGCCCUGUCGGACACGGAGAUCCAGCGGGAGAUCGGCAUCAGCAACCCGCUGCACCGGCUGAAGCUGCGGCUGGCCAUCCAGGAGAUCAUGUCUCUGACCAGCCCCUCCGCCCCGCCCACGUCCAGAACGACCACAGGAAAUGUCUGGCUAACGCACGAGGAGAUGGAGACGCUCACGGCCACGCCACACACGGAGGAUGAGGAGGGAAGCUGGGCUCAGACCCUCGCAUACGGGGACAUGAACCAUGAGUGGAUCGGCAACGAGUGGCUGCCCAGCCUGGGGCUCCCGCAGUACCGCAGCUAUUUCAUGGAGUGCCUUGUGGACGCGCGGAUGCUGGACCACCUGACCAAGAAAGACCUCCGCGGGCAGCUGAAAAUGGUCGACAGUUUUCACAGAAACAGUUUCCAGUGUGGAAUUAUGUGCCUGCGAAGGUUGAAUUAUGACCGAAAAGAACUGGAAAGAAAAAGAGAAGAGAGCCAGAAUGAACUGAAAGACGUGCUGGUUUGGAGCAACGACCGAGUGAUCCGCUGGAUCCUCUCCAUUGGCCUCAAGGAAUACGCGAACAACCUCGUUGAGAGCGGCGUGCACGGCGCGCUGCUGGCCUUGGACGAGACGUUUGACUUCAACGCGCUGGCCCUCUUGUUACAGAUCCCCACGCAGAACACACAGGCUCGUGCUGUCUUGGAAAGAGAGUUCAACAACCUCUUGGUCAUGGGAACCGACAGAAGGUUCGAUGAAGACGAUGAUAAAAGCUUUAGGAGAGCACCUUCUUGGAGGAAAAAAUUCAGGCCAAAGGAUGUCCGUGGCUUAGCUGCUGGGUCCGCGGAGACGCUGCCUGCGAACUUCCGGGUCCCGUCCUCUCUGUCCUCGCCCUCGGUGCAGCCCAGGAAGGUGCAGCCAGACGGCAGCGUGGCGGGAACGCAGAGGCUGGAUUCCGCCACAGUCAGGACUUACUCCUGCUGAGCUUCGGGUGUACCCGCACUACUUCUACAGAUGAUCCUACAGCGUCCAGGACACGACAGAGACUACGUUUUGAACUCGAUGGAAUCUUUAAUCUGUUCAUACUUGUUAUAUGGACCCGAAGAUAUUUUAUUACAGAGUUUUUAAUUAGUGAAAAAAUUCAUGAAUACCAUAGAGAAAAUAUUUUAGAAUUUAAUGUUUCUUAUAUUUAUGUAAACUUAUGACUUCAUUUAUAUAGUUACUUACUUUUUCUUGUAUAUCCAGGCUAUAAAUAUCCUUUCAGAUCAACUCGUGUUCUGAUACCUGAUUUUAGUCUUUCAAAUGAAUGUACUGUAAUGCUUGUAUGUAUAAAUCCUAUGAACAAAUAUAGGGCUUUUGUAAAUGAUGCAUUUAUUGUAAUUAUUCUUGUUUAAUCUUUAAAUGAUAAACCAUGAGAGAAGGGGUUUUGCUGCGAUUGUAAAAUCAUCGUGACACGGUGUGCAUUUUCCUUCCCGAAUGUAACCGAGCUCUCCAACAAUCACUCUGAAAUGAGCGAACUUAAUUUCAACCAGUUGCUGUUGUAUUUUAACGACUGACCUAAACUGUACUUUUUCUAGCAAGAAAUGCUUUUUCUCUGCAGCGUGAAGAGAUUUAAAAGUACUGGGUGUUAAAUGUGAGCUUCUAAUCAAAUUUGGGCUGAAAGGAUGACUGGAAGAAAACUAUGAAAAUCUCUCCCGUAACCUAGUCUCCAUGGACCCGGAUCCCUCGUCUUCAGUGACUGGCAGAAGCCAUGAGCUGGGGAAGAGAGACUUGGCGGGGGUGGGGAGGGUGGGGCCUGGGCACCCACCACCCGCCAUGCCCGCCCUCCCUGCCCUCCUCCUGGGAGGCAGGGUCAAGGGCGCCUACUCUGUGAGGACCAAUCGUGGCGCCCUGUACCCGCUGCAGAGCUGGUGCGCCGGGCGUGAAGCCGCUGCACCCCCGGCAGACAGCGUGGUGCAGCUCUGACAGAGGCCUUAUGCUUCUCACGUGAAUCGCCUUUUUACACCUGUUUGUAGACGCGUUUAAAGAGUGGACCUAGGCGUGCAUUUUUAGAUUUUGAUGACAUAGCCGUUUUGGAUUGUAUAAGUAGCAAAUGUAACUUUUACUUUUUCAGCGGCACAUUAAAAAAGCCAGCAAGAGAUGCGUUCAGAUCAUGGUGCAUUAUUUAUUAUGCAGCUGAUAUCUCGGUGGACGGAGACAGCGUCUCUCUUCCCAUGUGGGUCCCGCCUUUAAUUUACUUGUAUAAUUCAUUGUUACCGUUCUGUUUUUCUAUCAAUCUUUUGUGAACUUCCUGAAUAUGUAACAAAGUAUGUACAGUCUACUUUUGAACUAUUUUUAUCACAGUAUUAUUUAUUGCUUUCUUUCAAUAAAGUACUGAAGCAAAGUUUCCCACUGCCAA